CUGCGCAGGCCCCGCCGGGCCGGGCCGCCAUGUGGGUGUUCGGCUACGGCUCCCUCAUCUGGAAGGUGGAUUUCCCCUACCAGGAGAAGCUGGUGGGGCGCAUCCGCGGCUACAGCCGGCGCUUCUGGCAGGGCAGCACCGACCACCGCGGGGUGCCGGGCAAGCCUGGAAGAGUUGUGACGCUGGUUGAAGAUGCUGAGGGCAGCGUGUGGGGCGUCGCCUACCGAUUACCAGCCGGGCAGGAGGGAGAGGUGAAAGCCUACCUGGAUUUCCGGGAGAAGGGCGGCUACAGGACCACCACGGUGAUCUUCUACCCCAAGGACCCGUCGGUGCAGCCCUUCGACGUGCUGCUCUACAUCGGCACCCGCGACAACCCCAACUACCUGGGCCCCGCGCCGCUCGAGGACAUCGCGCGCCAGAUCCUGGGCGCCGCCGGGCCCAGCGGCAGGAACACCGAGUACCUGUUUGAGCUGGCCAACUCCAUCAGGAACCUCGUGCCCGAGGAUGUGGACGAGCACCUCUUCUCCUUAGAGACACUGGUCAAGGAGCUCUUGAGCAAGCACCAAAAUCUCAACUGUCUGUGAAGUGUGACCUCGUAACAGGCCUGGUUCUGGUGUUCUGAUGCCUGGGAGGAAUGCUCCUCUGCAUUGUGCUGUCCUAAUUAGUGCUGCAUAUCUUAAUUAAUGCUGCAUUCAGAAUAGGAGUUGGUUACUUAAAACUGCCAAAAUCAUUCUCCCAUUCUUUCUCAAGAAAGGAGAGCAAAUAAGUCUUCUAAGUUCAAAUCCAAAUAUCUCAGCUUUUCAUCCAAAGACUACACCUCAAGACAACCACCUAAACUUCUCUUUAUGUUUUAUUAUUAUUUCAGGUUUAAAAUAAAUCUUUAGAAUAUUUUUGGGGUCAAAAUUGGCAUGCAGAGACAAGUUCCUUAAGAUUUAAGUGAUAGUUUGUUCUGGUCCUAGACCACAGUGCAGGAAUUUUAAGUGGUUGGCCUAAAUUGUGUAGUAGAAAAUUUAUAUCAACAUUCAACUCCUCUGAAAUGAAGUUACACCACUGAAUUAGUCAUCUCACCCUUUAUAUGUUACUUUAUCCUUAAAUGCAGAGGAUAAACCAUUUUAUUGUAAAGGAGAUAAUUCCUUCCCUUGGCUGCUGAUGUCAAGCCCUGAAAACCAAAGCUCUGGGCACUCUGACUCAAACAAGCCAUAACCUGUCAGUGCCUCGUUUUAAUUUUUAAUCUUAAUACCAAGAAUAACUCCAAAAUACUAAAAUUAACUAAGAGCCUGACUUGAAGUCACAACACAGCAAGAAGAGCAACUUUCAUCUCUGUUACUUCAGGUGCUGUUGUGGCCCCCAUCUCUUUGAAAAUCCCAGCUGCAAGGAUAGAUUUUAGUUUCACCAACAGAAGGUAAUUAAGGGAGGAACCCUCUCUCCAGUAACCUUAGGGGUGUGUAUGGACAUCCCAAGAGGGUUGGGAAGCCCCAGUUUAGGCUGGUAGGCUUCCUGAUGCAAUCCGUCCCAACAUGGGCUUGUCUUGCUCCUCAAAACUCUUUAUUUUUAUUAACUUUUAACCGAGUAUAUUUUUAUAUCUUAAUAUAAAUGGUCCUGUUCCAAACACCACGAAACAUCCUGAUUUCCCAUCCAGGGAAUGUGUGUUUAGUAGCAGCCUGGAAGCCUGGAUUCUGCAUCAGUAAUUGCAAAAAAAGUGUGGUUUUCCCCUAAAAAAGGUUGACCUUUCCUGUUCUUUACAUCUUCCUGGUUUAUAUUUGUAAAGAUAAAAGUGUGCAAUGGCACUCUCUGCUUUCUUGAAAAUUCUUUUUAGAUUUAAAAAUUCUUUCCUCAAAGACUUAUCCUUGUUCAUUAAAAGAGGGCAGGGGAUCCAGAACCAUCAGGGCUGAUCCUCCCUUUAAAAUGCUAAUUAUUUAAGUACUGUGAUUCUGUGUAGCUCCACAUUCUCUGUCUUUGCCUCCAAGAUUUUGUUGGUUCUUUGCUUCUUAAAUGCAUAAACCAUUGCAAUAAUACACGUUCCUGUGUAGGAUUUCAGUGCAAUAAAAAAGCAUUACAAUGACUAA